AUGCCUAAAUUUUACUGCGAAUAUUGCAGCAUCUAUUUGACUCACAGUUCUCCCGCUGGGAGAAAACAACACUCUCAGGGUCGAAAACAUAUCAGCGCCAAAGUCGAAUACUUUCAAAGACUUGUUAGAGAGCAGUUUUUUCAACCGCCUGUUUUUCUGGGACAAACCCCUCCUAUUUUUCCUGGUAAUUUUAGAGCCAUAAAUCACUCUUUAGGGCCUCCAAUGAUGGGAGUUUUCCCAGGAUUUGCACCUUUGCAAACUCCUAACAUUAUUCCUCAAGGUAUGAUGAAUGGAAUUCCCGGUGGUUUGCCUGGACCAAUUCCUGGUGUUCCUCCUGUACCGGUUCCCAUGCCUGCAAUUCCUGUGAUUCCUACCGAGCUUCCAAAUAUGAAAAUUGAUCUAAAUCAGCACAAUGCUCCAAGUGUUAACAGCACAUCUACUACUGGUGCUCAGUAA